UAAUAUUUGUGGUAGCAAUAACAAUAUACCUAUUGGGUUCUGAAAACAUAAUUGUAGAAACAAUAUUAGAUAAGUACAAGCGAGACGUAUACGUUGCCUAAGUGUUAACAGAAAGAAAAUGGGUAAAGAAAAUGAUUCUGAUAAUUCGAAAAAAAGAAGAAAAUCGAUUAGUGGAAAUUCUGGAAUAUCGCUUAAAGAAGGAGAUAUGUAUAAGGUUAUAAUCAGUUACGAAGAGAAAGAAGCUAUAGAAAGAUUGCCGGAAAAUGAUUCUGAGAGUUUUCUGUCGACUUGCGACAGUAUACGUAAAGCCAUGAAUAAAAUAGCAAAACUGAAAAUCAAUGGAGAUACGAAUGCCCAAGAUGAGAUACGUGAACUUCAAAUUCAGACGUCAUUAGCAUUUAUCGAACUUAAGAAAUUAAAUAGAAUGGAAAAGUUUCGAACAAAAUUUGCCAGAGAUUCUCUUAUAUCCUCCAAGAGCAGUGUCGAUAGUAGGCAUUUACAUUUACAAAAUUUAUUAUAUGAAGUGAUGCACUUAAAGAAAGAAGUUAUUAAAUGUCUUCAAUUUAAGUCUAAAGAUGAAUUGAUACAACUUGUAUCGGAAGAAGAAUUUCAUAAGCACGCACCUGAAAAUAUUUGUAGACCAGAAAUAACAAAACAUAAUCCUCAUCAACUAAGAUUAGCACGUUUAGAAUGGGAAUUAACGCAGAGAAAACAACUGGCUGCUCUGUGCGAUGAAUUGUCAGAAAGUAAAAAAGCAGUAGCCUCGAGCAUCGAGUCUAAACAAUCUCGACUAGAUAAUCUUGCACCACAGCUUCAUUCGAUUUUAGAAGCAAGCAAACCGCUUCAAGAAAGUCUUGGUUUACCAUUGGACAAGAUCAGACAAGAACAUCAUAAAGCAAUGUUACUUGCAUCACCAUUGUAUGUUCUUUAUGCAAAAGCAUCUGCAUAUAGAGAUGCAUAUGAUAACACUAUAAUAGUAAAAGUGGAAGGUGACGAGGAAGAAGCAAAACGUGCAAAUAACCAAGACGGAUUGCAAGAAUCUGAUUCAGAUCCAGAAUUUUUAUCCGAAAGUGUCAUAGAAGAAAUACCUGUACAUAAAAAGAGGCAUCAUAGAUUAUCUAGAGAAGCUAGACAAGAAGAAAAGAAAUCAAAGUUAUUACAGAGACAUCCUUUAAACGUGAAGAUAGUUAUUAAACUGAAAAAUGAAACGAAAUUAACGUUACAGUUUUUUUAUAUAAUGUUUCUGAAAGUGGUUACUGUAGAAUCAAGAUUAAAAACUGAAGGUGUUGGAGGAAUUAGCACUGGAGACAUGCUCGUAUCAGAAUCAAUUUUACGAGAAUUGUAUCCGCGGGAUUUAGGAUUGGAGAGUCCAAAUCCUGCUAAUUACUAUCAAUUAAGCCGACAUAAUUUGGGUCAGUUUUCGACGCUUGGAUUGGGGAUUCCGUAUAAAUGGGCGCAAAGAAUGGCUGGUUUGCAUUUUAUUUCAUCUGAUAUUCGUGAACAAAAAUACACAAGUUCCGAAGUAACACAAGAUAGCGUCGACAGCGUACUAAGAGAAAUUAAAAGACGCGUAAAGGCAAGGUUGGAGUUGUGCACAGAAAUCCAGCAAUUAGAGUCUGGAAAUUUGCCAAUUUUUACUACUGCAAUUGAUGCUCUGCCCCAAAAACUUAGUACAAUUUUACAAAAAUUUACAACAAUAUCGUGGAACAGUUAUUCCACUUGCACUAACCCUGCCUUCCAACAGCAAGGAAUAGUGUCUUCGCUGGACAUAUUUUAUGAGGCUACACUUCGACGAGGGAACAAUGAAUUAAUUGCAAGAAUAGCUAUUAAGCCAGAUUAUCCAAAAAUUGCACCAGUAUUUAACAUUAGCGUAAGUCCUAUGGUACCAGCAUCUGUAGAUAUAUUGAGAGAUAUUGAAAGAGAAGUGAACGUCAUGUGGAUAAAGCCGCCAACGUUGUCUGCACAACUACAACGACUAAGAGCAUGUUUUGAUAUUUAUUUGGAAACAGAAAGUAUGAUACCGAAAGAAAAGAUAUUUUUCCAUCCUGUAAAAGGUCGUACCCGUGCCAGACCUUAUAAAUAUUUAGAAUUAGGCGGAGGAAUUUUUAUUCAUCGAUAA